CGUCGUGGAAUAAAGUGUUGGAAGUUUUCGGAUUCACGGUGUCCGCACUCUCAUUUACCAGUGUCCACAGAUCCAGAGCUCUAAUUGAAGACAUUUAAUCCAAAAUGCCGACCGUUGGUGUAAAGCGUGACUUGUUAUUCAAAGCGCUGGGCAAAACAUACACUGACGAUGAGUUUCAAAAGCUCUGCUUCGAGUUUGGUCUCGAGCUGGACGAGGUUACGACGGAAAAGCAAAUGAUCACCAAGGAGCAGGGCCAAGUGGAAGCAGCAAAAGAUGCGUCGGAGGAAGUUAUCUACCGAAUUGAUAUACCGGCGAACCGCUAUGAUUUGCUCUGCCUGGAGGGUUUAGUGCUGGGCCUUCAGGUGUUCUUGGGAAAAAUACCGUUUCCGCGGUUCACCAAGGUUGCCCCAUCGGGGAAGGGCGUUGCAUCGCAAAAGAUGAUCAUAACGAAGUCGACGGCUCAAAUUCGGCCGUUUGCGGUGGCGGCUGUGCUGCGCAACAUCACGUUCACCAAGGAUUCGUACGAUAGCUUCAUCGAUUUGCAGGACAAGCUGCAUCAGAACAUUUGCCGCAAACGUACUCUCGUGGCCAUCGGAACGCACGAUCUGGAUACGCUCCAGGGACCGUUCACGUACGAUGCGAAGCCACCGAAGGAGAUAAACUUUGUUCCGUUGAACCAGGACAAAGCGAUGACGGCGGAAGAGCUAAUGGAGUUCUACUCAACGCACGCCCAGCUCAAGGCUUAUCUUCCGAUCGUGCGGGACUCCCCGGUCUAUCCGGUGAUUUACGAUGCGAACGGUGUGGUCCUUUCCCUGCCACCGAUCAUUAACGGUGACCAUUCCAAGAUUACGCUUAACACGAAGAAUGUGUUCAUCGAGUGUACGGCGACGGAUCUUACCAAGGCCCGUAUUGUGCUCGACACGCUGGUUUGCAUGUUUUCCACGCACUGCGCCAAACAGUUCUCCGUGGAAUACUGCGACGUGGUGACGGCAGAGGGUGAAACGAAACAAUAUCCGGAUCUCGCCUUCCGCAAGGAAACCAUUUCGGUAGCGAAAACGAACGCAUACAUCGGCAUCAACGAGUCGGCCGAGCAGAUGAGCAAAAUGUUGAAUCGAUUGCUACCGACGAAGCUUACCGAAGCGGACACACUGGAGGUAGAAAUUCCACCUACUCGCCACGACAUGCUGCACACGUGCGACAUCUACGAGGAUGUGGCCAUCGCGUACGGCUACAAUCGCAUCCCGAAGACGCUGCCCGCGAAAAUGCACAUCGCGAAGCAGUACCCGUUGAACAAGCUGACCGAACAACUGCGUGAACAGAUCGCCCAAGCCGGCUUCACCGAGGGGCUAACCUUUACCCUCUGCUCGCGGGACGACAUUGCGAACAAGAUGAAUGCCAAGAUUGAGCAGAUUCCGGCGGUGCACAUUGCGAACCCGAAGACGCUCGAGUUUCAGGUGGUCCGGACGACGCUCAUACCCGGUCUGCUGAAAACACUGGCGGCCAAUCGUAAAAUGCCGCUUCCGUUGAAGCUGUUCGAAGUGUCCGACGUCGUGUUGGCAGACAGCAAGGCGGAGGUGGGUGCGAAAAAUGAACGUCGAGUUUGUGCGGUCAACUGCAAUAAAACAGCCGGUUUCGAGGUGGUGCACGGUCUAUUGGAUCGGGUGAUGCAGCUGCUCGAGGUGCCUUGGGACAAAGCAACUGGCUACUAUCUGCAAGCCUGUGACGAUCCGGCAUACUUCCCGGGCCGUUGCGCAUCCGUGCUGUACAAGGGAACCGACAUCGGACGCAUCGGUGUGCUACACCCGACCGUGCUGCAAGCAUUCGAGUUGACCACCCCGUGUUCCGUCGUGGAAUUCAACAUGGAAUAUUUCGUCUAAAGCGUUCGUGAGUUUAAUAAUCUGUGGGCAAAUAAAGGUCCCUUUAAAUUUAAU